GAGCAGGAAGCCAAGAUGGCGGCGGCGGCGAUGGGCGGGCGGCUGCGAGGGGCGACGGGCCCGCUGAGGCGCGCCAUGGCGACCGGGGCCCGCGGGGCCCACGGGGACGACGGCUCAGCUCGCACCUGGAAGCUGCUGACCUACUUCGUGGCCCUCCCCGGGGUGGGGGUCAGUAUGCUGAACGCCUACCUGAAGCAGCAGCACGGCGGUCACGAGAGGCCCGAGUUCAUCGCCUACCCCCAUCUCCGCAUCAGGUCCAAGCCCUUCCCGUGGGGAGACGGCAACCAUACCCUCUUCCACAACCCUCACAUUAAUCCUCUCCCAACCGGCUACGAGGAGGAAUAAAAACUUCGCCCCGGGGACCACAGUGGUGUUUCGGACCAACGCUCUGGACCAGAAAACCGUACGGGACCAUCACUUGGACCUGAAAUGACGACGGAUGCUAUUCUCCGUGUGUGUGGCCGAGAUGGCCUAAAUAAAUAACCCUCACCGUG